AAUGACAUGACUCUUUCUUAUUAAUUAACUGUUAAAUAUGACAUACAAAAUGACAUUGUAAUUUUUAUAAUUAUUGAUAAAAAGAAAUUGAAUUCCUAAAAAAUGAUAAUGACAAAAUGUUAUACCUUCAAAGCUUAGUGUUAAGUGAAUAAAACUUAUUAGUGUUUGAUUAAAGUAUUGCACAACUUUGUAAUCUGUAGGUGAAACGUGAUUUAUUUUUGUAAUGAUUUUGAUUUAAUAAAGCAGUGAAUUAAGAGCUAGGAAAUAAAAAAUGGACAUCUACAACUCCAUAGAAAAAAGUGAAGGAGUACCAGAAGGAAGAAUAUUAAAUAGUUUACAAUCAACAGGGAACACUUCAAAAAGAACAGAAUUACCCAAAGAAGUUCGAAUAUGUUUAAUUGUUGUUAGUAGUUUAUUAAUUUUAUCGUUUUUAAUAUGUAUAAUAGCCUUUGUGGUAAUUCCCGUUGUGUUCAUGUAUUCUAUUGAGUUUCAAAGGUUUGCGAUGUUCCCCGCAAUCAACGAUCCGCAAGCUGAUUAUAAUAAUACUGAAAUUUAUGGUAAAGGAAUUCGAAACUUUUACGUAACAACGAAUGAGACCGAAAAUAUUGUCCUAGGUGUUUGGCACCUAUUGCCCGACUCACUAGUUGAAACGUUGAAAGAAAAUGAUAGCUUUGAUUAUGACGAAGCACUUAAAAAUAAGACUUAUAACAUUAUCCUGUAUUUUCAUGGUAAUUCAGGAAACAGAAUUUCGCCUUUGAAUACGUACGAGGUUUUGAGGCAGUUUUUUCACGUUAUAGCAUUCGAUUACAGAGGGUAUGGUGAUUCAACGUCGGCUGUAAUGUCUGAAGAAAAUGUGGUCGAAGAUUGUGUGGAACUAUACAAAUGGCUUACGAAGGAAACCAACAAUACAAUUUAUGUGUGGGGCCAUUCUCUUGGAUCUGCGUUAGCUACACAUACCGUAGCAAAGUUGCAUUGUUUAGGAUUCGUACCAUUUGGGUUGUUUCUUGAAGCGCCUUUUAACAAUAUGGCUGAAGAAGUUAUCUAUCACCCCAUGGGAAAGAUCUUAUCAUGGCUACCUUGGUUUAAAGAAACCAUUAUCAACCCCUUAAUGAACAAUGGUUUUAAAUUUGAGACUGAUAAAACGAUUGCGAUGGUAGACUGUCCAGUAUUAAUUCUAAAUGCAGAAGACGAUGAUACGGUCCCAUCGUUUUUGGUAAAAAAGCUUUUAAUAGCAGCUCAAGAUCAACGUAAUUUUACCUAUCAAGGUCUAGUAUUGCACCAUGAAUUUCCAAAACAUUUUGGAUAUGGCCAUCAGUAUAUACACAGAGCUCCGGAUUUACCAAAUUUAAUUAGUGAGCAGUCCAUAGCCAGUGCUCGGGCAAGUGUGAUGGUGUAUGACGACGUAAAUAAAAAAUGGAUCCCUUCAGGAUCAUCUUCAGGUCUUUCCAAAGUCCACAUAUACCAGCACACUGUACAACAGACUUUUCGGGUCGUUGGACGGAAGUUACAGGACCACGAGGUGGUUAUAAAUUGUGCCAUUAUCAAGGGACUGAAAUACAAUCAAGCCACCUCGACGUUUCACCAAUGGAGAGACAGUAAGCAUGUCUACGGUUUGAAUUUUAGUUCGAAGGAGGACGCCGAUCAAUUUGCUCGGGCCAUGUUCCAUUCUUUAGAGGUAUUAAGUAACAUGGUUCGUCAACCUCAGCCUCCUCAACAGUCGUACCCUCCUGUGAUAUCUCAACCGCAACAACUACCACCACAACAACAACAACAACAGCAGCCACAACAACUACCCCAACAACCUCCACAGCCGCCUGCCCAGCAACAAUAUGACGAAGACAUGGGCUACAGGACAAUGACGAGAGAGGACGUAGCCAAUUUGCAGGAGCGACGCAUUUCGGCCGCCAUGAUGUCCCCCCAGCAGCAAACGUCCCCAAUGACCCCCCAGACUAAUGUUCCCGUUGCUCCCGCCCUACCAUUCUCGCUCACGUCCGCUCCUAGUCCCGUAUCUCCCUCGGCCGGUCCCGGCGGUCAUCAACGUAAUUCCAGCGUUCCGCCCGCGCCGCCUCCACCACCGUCCGGGAGUAGUAGCGGUGUACCCGGGCUCGCUCCACCAGUUCCCUCACACGCGGUCGGGAGCUUAGUCAAUCAGACUGCAGCCCCCCCGCCUCCUCCGCCGCCGCCCAUGAACAUAUCUCGGUCGCAAAGUAGCGACGGGGGAGAAGUGAACUCGCUAGCUGCUCAACUCCAAAAUGCCAGACUGAAAAGGAAUAACAAAAAUACUCCACCUCCAACGGAAAAUAGUGGAUCGUCAACGAGUAGCGGGGGUAGUAGUAAUUAUGGCACGUUAGGAAGGGGUGGUGGUUCUAGUAUGGCUUCAAUGAUGGACGAAAUGGCAAAAACACUCGCUAGGAGGAGAGCUGCUGUUGACAAAACGACUGCAGACAAAGACGAAGAAGAAUCGAAAGCUGCGACAUGGGAAAAGAGUAACACGUUGCCAAAUCCUUCUUCUAAAUAUUCGGAAUCGCCAAAGAGCGUGAGAAAACGGUUCGGUUCGGCCAGUGAAGAAACGAUUUUGAAAGUUAACGGCCUCUCCGACAGCCUAUCCCUUGGACCAACAGAGUUAGAAAGUCUGAAAAACGAAAUAGUUAAGGAGAUAAGAAAAGAACUAGGAAAAAUGAAACAAGAAAUAUUAGAUGCAAUCAAAACGGAACUAAAUCGAAGGUAAUCAGCACGCCAUCGUGUGCAGCUUGACUAUUAUAAUCAUCAUCGAUCAUUGAAGCAUCAUUGUUAAUUUGUUUUACUUAAAAGAGUAAAAAAAAUGUAUGUACGAAUACGAGCUACGAUGAAUGUUUCCUACCUGGCGUUUUUUGCAUUCUGUUUCGAUGUAAUACCGAUAAUUACAUUGUUUUUAUUUUCUCUUUCAUGGGCGUACAGUAUUUAUUACAUCGUUUGUGUACUUUUAUAUGAAAAACUAAACAAAAAAAAAACAAAAAGAAAAACGAAUAUCAGGAGUGUUGUGAAGAUGGCCCGAACAGUGCUGUAUAGUCGUCGUGAAAAUUAUAGAGCACAGUACAUUAUUAUUAAUAACUAUUAGUUUUACUGUUGUUUACUUUCGUAUUUAUUUUUAAUUGUAAGUUGCGCAUGUGUAUUGCUAAGAGAAAAUUUUACCACUAUCCCUCGCUUAAACAAAUUGGAAAGUUUUGGUCUUUCUGAAUAACAUCAUCAUGAAAGAGUAGUUAAUUUUUUUGAAUUCUUACUUGAAUUAGGAGAAAAAAUUGAGAGUAGCUGCGCGACGAGCGAUUGCGCAUCGUUUUUGGUAUUGUCAACUGUCAAAUACAAAACGUAAACGCCUACAGAUGCGCCGUGCCUUACAGCGCAGCGUCUUACCGAACGUAACUUGAUGUCGCCUUGAGUAACCCUCAAAAUUUUAGUUAAUUUAAAAAAUUAUAUUUGAGAAAGGGCUUCAACUUUCCAAAAAAAAAAAGAUGAAAAUAUGUUUUAGUUUCAUAUGAUUCCUAUUUAAAAUACUAAGAUACUUUUUUAACAGGCAUUUAUGAUGGUCAUAGACCAAAGAUGAAAAAUCAACUCACAAAUACAAGACACAUCCAUACGAAUCCCACAAAAAUCAAACUGACUUGACUUAAAUAUAUGACAGGGUUAUUUUGUUCCUUCUUCCGCCUUUCCCCUUUUUUUAUUUAUGUACUUAAAAUUUAUAAACAAUUUCAAUCCACUUGCUGUAUAAAUAUAUAGUUUGUUGUGUAAAUAUUCCACAACUUUAUAGGUAAUUUGAAUUCCCUUAAUUAUAAAUUUU